UUCAGUGAAGAUGAUAAAGUCAGCUACUCUUCGUUCAUUUCCUCUCCCUACAGAGUUUCACGGCAAGCCUAAGUUCGUCGAACCGUCGAAGUCUUGUUUUGCGGUGGUCAGGUGUUUGAACACGAGAGACGUUCCUAAGCUUGAGCUCUUUAGCCGUGGAAAAUUCGACCGUAUUCUUCAAGAUCCGCCAUUAAUCGAAAAGGCAGGGACCGAACUCUCAGAGUACUGUUCCACACUUGAAGGUGAUGACUCUUACAGCUGCUGGAGAGCUUACUUUGAACUCAAAGACCUUGAGAAAGAGAAGCCGAAGGUGGAAGUUGAGAAUCUAAUCUUGCAAACAGGCGGUGUGAAAUCGCUAAUCGGGUGUUUACAUGGACUUGCUUCAAUGGAGAAGGAAAGCAAAACCAAGAAUGGUUUAGAAUUUACAGAGGAAUCAGAUUCAGAUAAGAUGAAACUGCACGUUCAUGUUCCUGAUGGUUUGCCAAAAUCUCAAGAAGAAUUGGAAGAAGAAGAGAAAUCAAGAAUGCCAGAUUCUGCUUUCACAAGAUUGCUUAGAGCCAAAGGAACCAUCCCUGCUUGGUUCUCUCACGCUCCGGACCACGAAACAGACUGAAGAAUCCAUGUCAUGCAGUUUUACUUCUAUGUACAUAUAGCAACAAGUGGUUCCUUGAUAUUGCUUUACAACAAAUAAUCAUUGUACUAUCUCUUCAUGCUGUAUAAUAUGGUUGUCAAUGUGUGAUGGAUGAUCUCGAAUGGUUGAUGACAAAGUUGUUUCCAAGCCGUGUGCUUAUUUUAGUACCUUGUUUUGGUUACGGAGAGAUUUCUAUUCUUGAUAAUGUUCUGUCUCCGAAUGUUAAGCAAAAUCUUUCAAAAACAAAACAAGAGUCUUCUAAAUAUAGGACAAAAACUGUUGGUGAUGCAAAAUGAAAAAUCGUUUUGGUAUUUAUUAAUACUAACCUUUUGGUGUC